CACUCUCCAAUCUAGAUGGCUAGAUCACGUACUUGUUUUUCACACCUUUCUCUGUUCCUCCCACAGGGCUCGGGUGUGAUCAAGGCAGGUUUUGCAGGUGAUCAGAUACCAAAAUACUGUUUUCCAAACUAUGUGGGCAGACCAAAGCACGUGCGGGUCAUGGCUGGAGCUUUAGAAGGGGACAUCUUCAUUGGGCCAAAAGCAGAGGAGCACAGAGGCCUGCUCUCGAUCCGCUAUCCCAUGGAGCAUGGCAUAGUGAAGGACUGGAACGACAUGGAGCGCAUCUGGCAGUACGUGUAUUCGAAGGACCAGCUGCAGACGUUCUCCGAAGAGCAUCCCGUGCUCCUGACGGAGGCUCCCCUGAACCCACGCAAGAACCGAGAGCGAGCUGCUGAAGUUUUCUUUGAGACCUUCAACGUGCCGGCGCUUUUUAUCUCCAUGCAAGCAGUGCUCAGCCUUUACGCGACAGGCAGAACCACGGGAGUGGUGCUGGACUCGGGGGAUGGCGUCACCCAUGCGGUUCCUAUCUACGAAGGCUUUGCCAUGCCUCACUCCAUUAUGCGGAUUGACAUCGCUGGUCGCGACGUAUCCCGCUUCCUUCGCCUCUAUCUCCGGAAAGAAGGCUACGACUUCCACACCUCAUCGGAGUUCGAGAUCGUCAAAACCAUCAAAGAGCGUGCCUGUUACCUGUCCAUAAACCCGCAGAAGGACGAGACGCUGGAGACGGAGAGAGCCCAGUACUACCUGCCAGAUGGAAGCACUAUUGAGAUCGGCCCUGCCCGCUUCCGAGCCCCCGAGUUGCUGUUCCGGCCUGACCUCAUUGGAGAGGAGUGCGAGGGGCUGCACGAGGUGCUGGUCUUCGCUGUUCAGAAAUCUGACAUGGACCUGAGGCGAACGCUCUUCUCCAACAUCGUGCUGUCCGGGGGCUCCAGGCUCUUCAAAGGCUUCGGAGACAGGCUCUUGAGCGAAGUGAAGAAGCUGGCACCCAAGGACGUCAAAAUAAGGAUAUCCGCUCCGCAGGAGAGACUCUACUCCACGUGGAUCGGUGGCUCUAUUCUGGCCUCAUUGGACACCUUUAAGAAAAUGUGGGUUUCAAAGAAGGAAUAUGAAGAAGACGGAGCCCGGGCCAUCCACCGAAAAACCUUCUAGCCCUGGGCCCGUCCGGGGGAGACUCACUCCAGUUCUAAACUCGCUUUUCUGAGUCCGAGUGUCUGUGAGGAGCUGCGUGUGUGUGUGCGUGCGUGCAAGCGGGCCCCCGAAACGGCAGGAAGCAGAGAGGAGGGGGGAGAGUAGAUUUUUUUUUUUAUUUUUUUUUUUUAACUGUAGGAGGAAAAAUAAUCAGGCCCCAUUUCUCCAGCGUGACCCCUUUUACUUUCACUCCUCCGGUGGCUGCAGCGGUCGCUAUGGAGGGGGAGUGGCCUAGAAACUGAACAGCCAGGCCGCCGGGCUGUGACCGUCGCAAGUCAGUUAGGUGUAGUAGUGUAGCCUGAGGCUCCAACCCCUGGAAUGCCCUUACUUGAGGGCGCCCCGUGGCACCGGUUGCCCAGCAGCGAGCGCGUCUCUGGCCAGUUUGUCCUUUCUUUUUUUUCCGUUGUUUUUGAUAUAUUUUUAUACGGGAGAAGCACAGUGGGGCAGCCCUCUCCCCCAUUUGUUUGGAGUUUGUUAGUAUGUGCAUGAACUCCUUGGCCUGCUGUGGGUCUGGACCAUGCCUGCACAACUCUGCUAGGACUGAGUUUGUUUUGCAUGGUGCUGGUCACAACCCCCCUCCUCCGCUCUGACUGUCCUAGAUGGUUAUGAUCUGUCUUUUGGAGGCUGACCUUCGUUCUCCUUGGGAAGCGAGUGCCCCAGGUGGGUACAAAGGCGCUAGCGUGUUUGCUCGGAAAGGUUUACAGCGCGGUGUUCUCUCCGUCAGAGGAAGCUGUUUCUCCCCCCUUUCUCUUACAGCAGGGUGUCGGAACCGUCCAUUUUCAGCCAGACAAAAUCUCUUUCCUUUGAUCCGUCCUUGGGCAAAAGCAGACGGGAAAAGGCCAUUGUGACUUGCGGGUUAUUUUAUUUAUUGCAAUGUUUAAGGAAUAUGUAAGUUACUAACACAGCUGCUGUUUUGGGGCAGUGGCUGCCCCGGUGGGUCUCCUAAAACCCUCGGACUGAAUUUCCCACUGUCUGAUGCUAACACUAAUGUUUACAGCACAUGCUUAGCAGAGUAGCCAGCCAGCCCCGCUCCACUCCUUGGUGACCGUCAGUCGGAGCGUUCUCUAUGAAUGCUCUAAACGAGAGGACAAUAAACAGUGUUCGUACGUUGGCAUUA